AUGGACAACAACACGAACAUGGUCGAAGCAGACGACGCGGCGGCGGCGGCGGCGGCGGUGGCGGUGUCAGUGUCAGUGGCGGAGCUGAUACAAUCCCUAGAACAAGCCACCUUCAUGGCCAAGCAGCUCGCCUCCACCGCCGACCCCACCCACCUCCUCCACAUCCACUCCUCCCUCCACCAGUCCCACCUCCUCCUCUCCUCCUUCCUUUCCUCUGCCCCCGCCUCCGCCGCCGAGAACUCCUUCUCCUCCGCCACCGGCGCCCCCGAGCCAAUGCAAGUCGGGGACGACGACGGCGGCGAGGCCGAGGAGAACUCCAAGGCCACCGUCGACCGGGUGGAGGAGCGGAUGAGGAACUGCUUCAUCAAGAACAAGAGGCCCAAGCGGCCGCUCUCCCCGUCCUCCGCCGCGGCCGCCGAGGAAGGGCGGGGUGGUGGGGGCGAUGGGGUCCCCGGCUACGAUCCCCACGGCACGAGGUUGAGGGCUUUGGAUCUCGUGUACCAGUUUCAUGGGUGAGAGAGAGAGAGAGAGAGAGCGCGAAUCAGCUGAUGAAGUUGCUGCAAAACAGGGGGUCGAUGAUUGAGGGAAAAAGAAGAUCUUUUCCUUCUUGACUGGCUCUCGUCGAAGCUGAUGAGGCUAAACGAGCUGGAGGAGUGAGCUUUUGUGGUAAAAAUGGAAACUUUGGGAUUUUUUUGGUUGUGAUUUGUUACUGUUGAUUCUAGGGUGGAUGAUGACGACGACGAUGCUGGAUAGGGAAGCAGAUUAAACAUCAAUAAUGCACGACUUGAGAGCUGUGGGUUCAUGUGGUUUUUUGUGAAUCCAUCACUUACAGAUGUGUAUCAUUUGAAAAAUGGAGAAACAGAAAUUUUACUGCAGUUUCUUGCCAGUUUUGAUACUGGGUUUUCAUUA